CUUUUAAAAUACAGCAUUCUUGAGUAUCAAAGAAUUUCAAGACUUCCUAAUUUAUUGGGUUGGUGUACUCCUUUUUUAUGACUUAAAAAUGGAACCUUUGUCAUUCAGAGUUAAAAAUCCUGAAGCGUUCAGUGACGGUUCAGUUGACUUCAGUCUUCACCUGAUAGGGUCCUUGCCUGUGCACUCUUUAACCACCAUGCCAAUGCUUCCUUGGAUCGUGGCACACGUCCGACAGCUCAGCACUCAGGCUUUGAAGGAAGAGCCUGGCACCAGGCAAAUUCGGAUUUAUGUCUCACCGGCCAGGAUACGCUGUGAAGUGGACUCAGGAAAAAACCAGCAGUGGGAUCCUCUGAUUUGUUCUAGCCUGUUUGAAUGUAGGCCACAGCAUGUCCACAAACUGAUUCACAACAGUCAUGAUCCAAGCUAUUUUGCCUGCCUGAUAAAAGAUGGAGCACAACAUCAGCAAAAUAUCUGCUACGUCUUCAAAGCUGAUGAUCAAACAAAAGUGCCUGAGAUUAUUAGCACCAUCAGACAAGCAGGGAAGAUCGCACGCCAGGAAGAGUUUCAGAAUAAUCUUUCGGAUGUUGAAGAUCCUUUUAGCAAAAAGUUUGAGGUGCUGUUCUGUGGCCGAGUCGUGGUAGCUCACAAAAACGCACCUCCAGCCCUUAUAGACGAAUGCAUUGAGAAAUUUAAUGAUGUUAGUUAUACCAAAAACUUGGACUCUGGCUCAUCCUCCAAUCAAAAUGAUACUGCCAACCACUCAAGCGGAUUUUCCAUAAGUGAUAAAUUCCGCUCGGUCUUCCAACCCUUGGUUAAUGAAGAACAGGAGAAUAAGCCGAUGAGGAAAUCUUACUCUCAACCUGGACUACGCUCUUUUUCUUUUAAAAAAGAUUUACAAACCUGGAGCCUAAAGAGUAACAGCAUUGCCAGAUCCUUUGAUGACGAUGUCAUUUCUCUGAACUUAAGAAGCCAAUUUAUCCAUGGGCAAAAUGUACAGCCAACAGAUAUUGCAGGGAACCGGAUUAUGUUGUUCACGAUUGGGCAGUCUGAAGUUUACAUCAUUAGUCCUGAUACCAAAAAAGUAGUUAUUGAGAAAAGCUUUAAAGAAAUUUCUUUUUGCUCUCAGGGGAUUCGACAUGUGGAUCACUUUGGAUUUAUCUGCAGAGAACCUUCAAAAAAUGGCGGCUUCCAUUUUGUAUGUUACGUAUUUCAGUGUACAGAUGAAGCCCUGGUGGAUGAGAUCAUGAUGACCUUGAAACAGGCUUUCAGUGUGGCUGCGAUCCAGCAAAAUUCCAAAGCACAGUCCCAAUUCUGUGAUGGGUGUCCGAUGCAGAUUCUUCAUAAACUUUGUGAAAAGAUAGAAGGGAUGCAUCCUUCUAAAACUAAGUUGGAGCUGCAAAAACAUCUAACCACACUGAAUAACCAGGAGCAGGGCUCCAUCUUUGAGGAAGUUCAGAAAAUAAGGCCAAGAAAUGAACAGAAGGAGAAUGAAUUAAUAAUGUCUAUCCUAAGAAAUGUGUAUGAAGAAAAACAGAAAGAUCACAUUCACCUUGGUGAAGUUAAACAGACCACGCAGUCCUCUGUAGAAGCCAUGGGAAACGAAAUGCCGAACAGCACAACUCGUUUCAAGCUAGACAUGUUCAAGAGCAAAGCGAAAAGGUCACUCACGGAGUCACUAGAAAACAUUUUAUCUCGAGGAAAUAAAAGUAAGAGUCAACAGGAAACUUCUGGAAGUAUUGAUUUGGAUAGCUCCUUGUCCAGCACACUCAGUACUACAAGCAAAGAAACAUCUCUCUGUGACCAGGAAAACCACUUUCCCUCAGAGAGCCCUCUAAAAUCAAAUGGAUCAGUGGACAAUCUUGACCUUCUCUCAACUGCAUCAGAAAGUCCCUCUGCUGAACAGCCUGCCCAAUCAGCCUAUCAAGGCUUUAGAAGGCGAGCUAACACCCUAAGCCACAUGCCAUUGGAAAGCCAGGAGUCAUCUGAGUCUACUGAAGCGUCUCCGUCAGUUUCACAAAGAAAACUUAUGAGGUAUCAUUCCAUGAGCUCAGAGACUCCUCACCAGCAAAACAGCUCUAACACUUCUUCCAGUCAGGCAUCGUUAGCUGCUGCUGUUGCUCUUCCUCCUCCAUCUCGACUUCAUUGCUCAGCCUCCUCACCCAACUUUUUAAAACGCAUUAGGCAUAAUUCAAGUGGAGAACAAGGCAGGCAUGCCAUGCCAAAGAGCAUCUCUUACCGUUCUGCUCUCCAGAAAAAACUUCACUGUUCCUCUUCUGUGCCAAACUUCUUAAAAUUUCUGGCUCCCGUAGAUGAAAAUAACGCCUCUGACUUUAGGAACUCAACAAGGGAUUACAAAUCCAAGUCGAAUGAAGCAGAUUUUGUCCCCGAAAGUCCGGUGAAGGCUCGACGACAUUCUUGGAGGCAGCAGAUAUUUUUGAGAGUGGCAACACCACAAAAAGGAUGUGACCCUUCUGGAUGGCAUGAAGAUUAUUCUGAAUUGGGAGAACUGCCACCCAGAUCACCGUUGCAACCCGUUUGUGAAGAUGGCCCUUUUGGGGCAGUAAAAGAGGAUAGAAAAAAGACACCCAAGGAGCUGCGGGAACUGUGGCAAAAGGCUAUUCUGCAGCAGAUACUCCUACUUAGGAUGGAAAAGGAAAACCAGAAAUUGCAAGCUUCUGAAAACGAUCUGCUAAACAAGCGUCUGAAGCUUGAUUAUGAAGAAAUCUCCCCAUGUCUCAAAGAAGUCAUGUCGGUCUGGGAAAAAAUGCUGAAUACUCCAGGAAGAUCAAAGAUGAAGUUUGACAUGGAAAAAAUACAUUCUGCUGUUGAGAAAGGAGUUCCUCGCCAGCAACGGGGAGAGAUAUGGAAAUUUUUAGCAGAGCAGCACCAGCUCAAGCAUCCGUUUCCGAAUAAACAACAGCCAAAGGAUACACCUUAUAAAGAACUCUUAAAACAGCUGACUUCCCAACAGCACGCAAUUCUGAUUGAUUUAGGACGCACUUUUCCAACACAUCCCUAUUUCUCAGCCCAGCUUGGAGCUGGACAGCUAUCCCUCUAUAAUAUCUUGAAGGCGUAUUCCCUCCUGGAUCAGGAAGUAGGCUAUUGCCAAGGCCUUAGCUUUGUAGCAGGGGUGCUGCUGCUCCAUAUGAGUGAAGAAGAGGCCUUCAAGAUGCUCAAGUUUCUUAUGUUUGAUAUGGGCCUUAGGAAGCAGUAUCGACCUGACAUGACAAUUCUACAGAUCCAGAUGUAUCAGCUUUCUCGACUCCUUCAUGAUUACCACAAAGAUCUUUACAAUCACUUUGAAGCACAUGAGAUCAGUCCUAGUCUCUAUGCUGCCCCCUGGUUUCUUACUGUGUUUGCUUCUCAGUUUCCCCUUGGAUUUGUAGCUCGGGUAUUUGACAUGAUGUUUCUCCAAGGAUCAGAAGUUAUAUUUAAAGUGGCUUUAAGUCUCUUGGGAAGCCAUAAGCCUUUGAUUCUGCAGCACGAAAACCUGGAAACAAUUGUUGAUUUCAUUAAAAGUAUUCUUCCAAAUUUGGGCUUGGUACAAAUGGAAAAAACCAUUAACCAGGUAUUUGAGAUGGACAUUUCCAAACAGCUACAAGCUUAUGAAGUUGAAUACCAUGUUCUUCAGGAUGAAUUAAUAGAUUCUUCUCUCAAUGACAAUCAAAGGAUGGAUAAACUAGAAAAAGCCAACAGUAGUUUACGGAAGCAAAACUUUGAUCUCCUUGAGGAGCUGCAGGUGGCUAAUGGAAAGGUCCAAAACCUAGAGGUCAUGGUUGAGGCUUUGCUUAAUAAUGAAGGCAAGCUGAAGCAGACAAUCCUCACGCUAGAACUGGAGAGGAAAGCAUUGUUACAAACGAUAAAGGAAUUCCACAUACAGCCAGCAAACGCCAGUGGAAAAUCUCUGCUCCCUGAGCAAGAACGUAUGAAUGCUGCUAACUGAGAAUUUCAGGCUUCAUGGAGGAGAAAAGGGGAGGCCUAUUUUCUUAAGCAACUAUUAGAAUUUUUCCUAGUGUCCAUGCCUUGUCUUUUUUUCUUCUUCUUUUUCAAAUCAUGUUGCACAAAGGAGAAAAAUGUUACUUAUGCGGAAGCUCUUGCAUGUCUAUAUCCAAAAUUCUUUAAAAUAAUACAUAUACGAAGUACAAGGAGCAGAAGGAUCUUUAUGCCGCCUUUUUUUUUCUUUUUCUUUUUACUGUAAUUUGACAUAUUUCUACUUGGUUGUAAACUUCUGGAGUUCCAUAACUCCAGUAGGUUCUCUACCGUAAGCGCUUUUCAUUCCAACAUUUUCAUCACAUCUACACACAAAGCAUUUUGGAAAUUCCAUGUUAAACAUCAUGGGCUGCAAACUUCUCAAAAGAUUUCAACCUUAGGAGCACUCUGGAGUGAUUUGUUUCCCCUGCUUAAGGGGCUCACAUUCAUUUGUGACUGAAUUUCUUUCUCUGAAGCAGAAAGUGGAUUCUAUUUACUCACAUUGUAUUUUUAAAACUCUUGCUUGGGGACACUGACCUCAUGAACCACAAGAAGCCAAAUGUCACCAUAUAAUUUUGGGGAUUACUCUUUGCUGUUGUACAUGUGAUAAAUAUGGAUUUUUGUUAUUUUUAACCUAACAUUGUAGCAUGGUUGAAUGCUCCAAUAAGAGAGAUCAGGGUCAAGGUGCAAUCUUUCCCUUCUCUCUGUAUUGGCAGAAUCUGAAACUUUCAUAUCGUUAUGGUUGACUAUGCCUUAAAAUGAUAUUUUAUUUAUUUGUGAAUCAUUGUGUUAUAAGCCCUUGUUUUCUGAAUGCAAAUCUAAUGAUUUUCAGUUUUAAUUUCAAUAGUUAAAUCAGAUAGCAAUCAAUUGUAAUUUGAUACACUUCAAAUGUCACCUUUAAACAUUCUGGAGGUACUUAUUGAUUGAAUGAAAGACCUAAAAUAUUCCUAUAUAUAUCUCCCUUGGAAGUAAAUUACACUGAACAAGAUUGCAGUCUUAAAAUAGUUUUAUACAAAAUAGUUCUAUUACUUUUCAUUAGGAGUGCAGGCUCUCCAUUAUGCAUUGAAAAUAUACUUUUUUUCUGUCUGUUGAAGUGUUUUGGGAUAGUUAAAAGACUUCAGGUAUUCUGCAAGUACUAUAGGGUUCAUCAGUGCGCAGCUCCAAGUUUAAUCAAAACGUUUAAUCAGAAAGAUCAGUUGAUAACACACUUUUGUUUGUUUUCAAACAUAUUUGCAUGUUGGUGAUUUUAAAGGUUUUAACCUAGUCAUGUAAUAAUGUGAGACUCAACGAAUGGUUUUCCACUGAUUGCCGUAGACCUGCACUUCUAGGCUUAUCUGCACUACAAACUUUAUUUAAUAACUACUUCAUCCUGCAAAAAGACAGUUCCACUGUAAGGAGGACAUAAUGGUCUCUGAAAGACAAUUUUAAAUAUCCUUGUCAGAUUAAUUCAUUUGAUCCUUGAAAGAAAAGUAGAACAAACUAGCAUGUCUCCUAUAUGUGAUGUAGUGUGGUUAUUUCUUAAGUAACAGUUGGCUGCCUUAAAUAGCAAACGUUCCUUGUUUCUGAAAAGUUAGACUGGCUCUUGAAAAAUAAUUGUUGCAAAUUCACCACAUGGUUUUGCAUUGAUAAAUAUUGGAAAUGACAAUCUAUGAACUUUUUGUUAUUUGGUUUGGUGUUUUAGGCAUCAUGUUUUUCCAUAAUUAUUUCGUAUUGGCAGCAUCAGACAUUUACUUCCAUAACUAUAAGCUAUUAGGAUGCCCAACAAUGUUGGAUUUGGACUGACAUGAUCUGAUCUAUAAGUUUUUUAACACUUAAAAAAAGCAAUAAACAUCUGUUGAAUACUGCCAAAUUUAUUUUGUGAUGCUCCAAAAUCCAGAACAAUUUCUUCUCUUGCACACCCUGCGAUUUUUAAAUAUGAAGAAACUUUCCACAGAAGAGGCUGCAAGUGUAUAGGCCUUGUGCUUUCUAGAUUAUGGACUGAUGAUCCUUCCUACACAAUGAUUCUCACCAUCAAUAUGAUUUGUCAACAAACUCUUCAGCAUUCAAGGCUUCUACCACCAAUUAAAUGCUUUGUCCCUAUGCCUCCACUUGGAAGAAGGAAAGCAGGCAAGCAUGGAGACUUCAACCAAGCCAUGCUUGCAUCUGGAUCAGAUGGGAGCUCCCUAGUUGCAUGAAACUGCAUGGUAUAUCAGUAUAAAGGAAACAAAAUCUUUCUACAAUAUACUAUCUUUCUAGUAUAUUUUUUAAAAUGUAAAGACACUUUUAAGUCAAGCUUGAUUCCUAGAGACUCCAUCCAUGGAGUUUUUCUGGCACAGUUACAGAAGCUGUUGGCCAUUGCUUUCUCCUGGGAUGUUUUUCAGCUUCUUCAUCUAACCUACAGUCUUGGAAUAGCAAGAGUCUCUUCCCCCAUUCAGGUCCAAAUCAAGCCUGAAUCUGUUUAGCUGAGAUCAUCCCUGGUCAUUAGGAGCUGCUACCAUAUUAUAUUUUGGUUUCUCCUUGAGGGUGAGAAUGCCUGAGAUUUCUUACAAACAUGGGAUGAACCAACUUGGCAAGGAUUCUCUCUCAGGCUUACUCCAAGUAUGUGACAUCAGACCUUCUAA